AAGGCGUUUAAGUGUUUGCCGCCGAAGCUUUAUCGAUGGCGACGAAUCCGACGUUUCAGCUUUUCUCUUCUUCGAACGAUAAAUCUUCUCAAGGUUCUGGUUUAGGUUUAGGGUUCUUCGAUUCACCAGAGCCAGCUCUUCCUCCACCGCCUCCUCCCGUUGAAGUAUUAUCCUCCGAGGCUUCUUCCUCCGUCGAUUUCGCGGUGGAUAAAAUGCCUAUUGGCGAUGUCACUCUUUUGAAGGGACGUGUGAACACUAAAGAGGUCUUUGGAUUGCCUAAUUCGGAUUUGGUUCCUGGAGUAUAUGAAGGCGGGCUUAAGCUUUGGGAAGGAUCAAUAGAUCUUGUUAAAGCUCUUGAGAAAGAAACAAAAACCGGGAACAUUUCGUUUUCCGGGAAGCGGGUUCUCGAGCUUGGAUGCGGUCAUGCACUUCCAGGAAUCUAUGCAUGUCUCAAGGGUGCAGAUGCUAUUCAUUUCCAGGACUUCAAUGCUGAGGUCCUUCGAUGUCUCACCAUUCCGAAUCUGAAUGCUAAUCUAUCCGAGAAGUCUCCAUCUGUCUCAUUAGGCGAUACAGAAGUACGCUUCUUUUCCGGUGAGUGGAGUGAAGUUCAUCAGCUUCUUCCACUAGUUAAUGAUGGAGAGGCUGAUAAGAAGGGUGGUUAUGACAUCAUUCUAAUGGCUGAGACAAUAUAUUCCAUCUCCGCUCAGAAAAGCCUCUAUGCACUGAUUAAAAAGUGCUUGGCGUGUCCUGAUGGGGCAGUUUAUAUGGCUGCAAAGAAGUACUAUUUCGGGGUUGGUGGAGGGACAAGACAGUUCUUGUCGAUGAUAGACAAAGACGGUGUUCUUGCUUCAACGUUGGUGUCUGAAGUCACAGAUGGUUCCUCCAAUGUUAGAGAGGUGUGGAAGCUUUCGUACAAGUAAGUCAAAAGUUCUAACGGGACUUAAUGUCGCUCCUUUGUGGAAUCGAGUUUAGUGUUUUUUGUUUCUCAAACGCAAAAUCUCAUUCAUGUUUUAGCUUAUAUAUUCUGUUGAGAUGGACUUGUCAUCGCUUACUUUUGUACUUCGAUACAAUCUCUGACUAAAGAAAAAGGCUUAUGUUCUGCCUUUGAUUCUCACC